CAAAAUGACUAAGGAGGAAUCUCAUGGGAUCCAAGGUGCGGGUUUACGCAGGUCUCGCAGUGACCAGAAGAUCCACGCCACGACCGCAACUCUAGCCACACUCACUGUUUUCACCUUGGUGUUACAGACGUCUUGCCAUCCACAGUGCUUAGACUUUCAGCCACCGUUCAAGCCUACCACUCACUUGGAAUUUUGCAAUCACUACGAUGCAUUCGGAUGUUGUGAUCAAGAUACGGACAGCAUCAUUGCGGAAAGGUACUGGGACCUGAUGGAUUUAGUUACCGAUGAAGAGUAUGAGCGCUGUGGUGAUUUACUGAAAGACGUUAUGUGCCAGGAGUGCUCCCCGUACGCAGCCCACCUGUUUGAUGCUGAGAAUCCCUAUACACCUGUACGGGAGAUCCCCGGCCUGUGCUUUCCCUAUUGCCAGCAGCUCCACGCCAAAUGUGGCUCCCUGAUCAGGCACCUGACGGACAGCAAGGCCCUGCAGGAGGCUUCGGCCAAGGGCAGCAUCACCUUCUGUAGCCUGGUUGACCUGCCCGACAAGGACUACUGCUACCCCAAUGUGCUGCAGAACAACUACCUCUCCACCAACCUAGGCAAGGUCACCCAGGACCCCACAGGGUGUCUUCAGCUCUGCCUGACGGAAGUUGCCAACGGACUGAGAAACCCAGUGCUGAUGCUCCACAGCGGCGACGAGACGCACCGCAUGUUUGUGGCGGAGCAGGUGGGCUUCGUGUGGGUGUACCUGCGGGACGGCAGCCGCGUCGAGCAGCCUUUUCUGGACCUGAGCGGGGAGGUGUUCACCACGCCCUGGCUUGGGGACGAGAGGGGGUUCCUAGGCCUGGCCUUCCAUCCCCGUUACCGCAGCAACGGGCUGUUCUACAUAUACUAUUCCAUCAUCGUCCACGGCAGCCUGGAGAGGAUCCGCAUUAGUGAGAUGAGGGUGUCUGCACAAGAUAUGAACAGAGCCGACCACAACUCAGAGAGAGUUAUCCUGGAGAUCGAUGAACCAGCUGCGAACCACAAUGGUGGACAGCUGCUCUUCGGAUUUGAUGGAUACCUGUAUAUAUUUACAGGCGAUGGCGGGAAGGCCGGAGACCCCUUCGGAAAGUUUGGAAAUGCUCAAAAUAAGAGUGCUCUUCUGGGUAAAGUGUUGCGCAUUGACGUUGACGUAGACAGCAGCAGCAGCGACACUAACAAUCACAGGGCACCGUACAAGAUCCCACCCGACAACCCGUUCAUCGGGCAGCGUGACGCGCGGCCGGAGGUGUACGCGUACGGCGUGAGGAACAUGUGGCGCUGUUCCGUGGAUCGGGGAGACCCCGUCAGCGGCCACGGCAGGGGCAGGAUCAUCUGCGGAGACGUGGGCCAGAACCGAUAUGAGGAGGUGGACAUCAUCGUGAAGGGGGGCAACUACGGCUGGAGGGCCAAGGAGGGCUUCGAGUGCUUUGACAUCAAACUGUGCCACAACUCCUCCUUGAAGGACAUCCUUCCCAUAUUUGCUUAUGGACACCACAUUGGAAAAUCAGUAACGGGCGGUUAUGUAUACAGAGGGUGUGAAUCCCCAAACCUGAAUGGACUGUACAUCUUUGGAGACUUCAUGAGUGGUCGAUUGAUGGCCCUUCAAGAAGACAGGGGAACCGGGACCUGGAAGGAGAAGAGCAUAUGCAUGGGAGACACGACGACCUGCUCAUUCCCUGGCCUCAUCAACCACCAUCACAAGUUCAUCAUCUCAUUCGCAGAAGAUGAAGCAGGUGAACUGUAUUUCAUGGCUACCUCAUAUCCAAGUGCCAUGUCUCCUUUUGGAACAAUAUACAAAUUUAUGGACCCCUCCAGGAGAGCACCUCCAGGAAAAUGCAAAUAUAAGCCACUUCCAGUCAAAGUCAGAGGCAAAAAAGUGCCCUUCAAUCCAAGAGAACUAACUGUGCUGGACGUGAAUGAAAAGCCUACAAGACCUCCACUUAAAAAGCCGAAAAAAUUCACAACCAAAGCACCCAGAACAAGUCAACUUCAAACCACACCAGUCAUUACAAGAAACCCAGCAACUAAGAUCAAAACUACAGCACUCCCUAACAAAAACAGGACCAAACUAACUACCUCUUCAAAUGCAAUAUCUAUGGACCAAACUGUGAUCAGGAAAAAGCUCCCAACAACACCACAGAAAAAGCAGAAGGCAGUCACAACCAAAGGACAAGUGGCAAGCUCGCGUGAAAGCAGUCAACAUAGUUCAAGCAAUAACAUAUCCGUAAAUAAGAACAAAACAACAUCACUUCUCAUGGAGAGUAAUACUUCACUAUCUACCUCUUCAGAUGCAAAAUAUAUGAACCAAACCACCUCCAAGGAAAAGCUUACAUUGUCACCACAAGAGACACUCACUAUUACAGAACCCACAACAAUAAGCCAACCUCAAACCUCUCCACGUAUUACAUAUACCACCAUCCCAGUAUCUCAGACCAAAACGGCAAUACUUCCAAUGGACAACAACACUUCAUCAACGCACUUGUCAAAUGCAACAUCUACUAACAAAACCCCCUCCAAGAGAAAGUUCCCAACACCACCACCACAGAAAAAGCAAAUGACAGUCACACCCAAAGCACAAGGGACAAGUCCAUAUGAAACCACACCAUUUAUUACAAGUACUUCUUUCCCAAUAUCUAAGACCAAAACUACACCACUUCCUAUGGGCAACAACACUUCAUUGAUGCCCUUCUCAAAUGCAGCAUCUAUUAACAAAACCACCUCACAGAGAAAGGUCACACCACCACAGAAAAAACAGAAAGCAGUCACACCCAAAGCACAAGUGACAAGUCAACAUGAAACCACACCAUUUAUCAUGAGUUCUUCUGUCCCAAUAUCUAAAAGCAAAUCUAAACCACUCCGUACAGAUAUCAACACUUUACUAACGACCUUCUCAAGUUCAACAUUUUUAAACAAAACGGUCCCCAAGAAAAAGCUCACAUCACCACCACAGAAAAAGACGAAGACAGUCACAACCAAAGCAGAAGUGACAAGUCAACAUGAAUCCACUGCCCUUCCUGAAGGCGACAUUCGUUCAGCAACUUCGAAGAAGACAAGUGCUUCACCUCCGAUGAAGAAGGACACUCUGCUCUCCACUUCAGCAAAAGCUGAUGCAAACCAGACUCUUUUCAAACACAAGCCCCUACGGCAAGUGAAGAAGAUCACCCUGAUGAAGGCCAGCGCAAAGCUCAGAACUCCCAAGGCCAAAGUGCCCACACGCACCCAGAAACCUCCGGCAAAGAAAGGGACGGCACAGAGCAAGACAAAGACAAAGAAGAUUCCAGCAAAGAGACUUAACAAUGGACAACCUUCAAAGCAGAGGGUGGUAGCAGAAAAAAAGAAAAAAAUGUUCAAAAAGGCUGAAAAGGGACCUCUUAGAUCCGUGAAUGUGAACACUAAAAAAAUCACCAGUCAGAAGCAAAAAGGUGAAGAAGUGCUCCGGUGAAGGUGAAGGAAAUGCAGGGAAUAUUUAAAUUCUAAACGGAAUACUGGCAGUGUUCGGUUGUGCACGAGUCAUGUAAACCCUUUAUUCAUUCUGAAACGCUCCUCCACACAUGUGGAUGUAGUGUAAUAUUCCAGAGCUUCUUUUAAAACAAAUACUGAUAUUAGUCUGAUUGAAACCGGAAUACUCCAGACAUUUACAGUCACUCCACUCUUUGGGCGCGUUUACACAGACACCUUUCAUUUAAACGGGUUUAAACAAUACAUGUUUACUAUGCAUAUUUAAUAAGUUUACACAUUUAAUCGGUUUUAAAGGGCCCGUGAAAGCGCAGGUAUUGAUUCUAUUACCUGUCAUAGUCUGCUUAUGCCCAGUACUGUACUGUAUCAUGGUUCUCAGUUUGCCUGAAAGCAGAAGGUUCCUAAUCUUCAUUUUGGAGUCUCAGGCGGUGGUGAAGCAAUAAAAUGUGCUUGAAAAAAUGUACUGUAUGUGUCAUGAAAGAAAAUCCUAAAAUUGGCAGCCCAACUGAAAGUAACAGGAAUGCACAAUAUUGUUGUAAAUAUAACAUCUUGAGAACAAAUGUGUUGCACUGCAAUUAUGC